GUGUGUUUGUGUGAAGGAGACAAACAAGUGACACUGAAACUCAAAACAUCUUUCCUGGCUGCACGAGAAGCCUUUCACUCACCUUGGCUUGACCGAAAUUUGACCGAAAUUUUUCUUUGGAUUUUUUUGUGCUCACCAGGACAACUUUUCUCUGUCUUUGGGCUUCAUUGAGAUUUAGUAUUGACUGUGGACACAGGUCACAUGUUCACCUCUACCAAGUAUACAUGUGUGCCAUCUGCGUAGACAUUUACCAGGAUUAAAAAGCAGAAGAUGAAUUAAUGAACUUUCCACAAACUCUCCCUACACAUCAUCUGUGGUUAAUAAAUACUUACAGAACCACAUACAGAGACAUCUGUCCCACAGGGUAAUUGACAUUAACCCCUUUAAGGGGGGGCGACCCCCUUUUAUGCCCCACUCGCCUGGAUUGGGCCAUUAACACACAUGCAAUUAAUUAGUUCAUAAAAGCAAAAAUAACUAAAUAUAAAUUAAUAUAACAAUUCAGUAAAUUUGUAGCAAGUUUUUAAGAAUUUAAAUUCAUUUUGUAGAAAUCUGGGAAAUUUAUUGACAUAGCCCCCCCAAAAUACACACACACACACACACACACCCUAAAAACAUAUGGCCCAGAUCCACUACAACGUGCUAAUGUUGAUUAAAUAUGCUUCUCUAUUAGACUAAUGUUAUCUGAAGGUAUUGUACACGGGCCUGACGUUAAUCCAGAAUAACUGAAUGGAAUGAAACUGGAUUGUGGCUUAGUGUCGUCCAACUUAUGGACAUUAGAGAAAGGAACAGUGAUUAGAGUGGUUGGGAAAAUACACUUAGAGAAACAUACGCUUUCAGGUCUGAAUGAGAUUUUCUGGCACAGCGGCUGUCAUCAACAUAUUAAUGAUGUGAGCAGCUUUGCCAAGGAGAUGAGAGCAGAGAGCAAUGUCCUUUAUUCUGUCCUUUUUGCUCACUUUUUAAUUAUCCCAGUAAUGUUACUGUAUUCAGUUACACUUCUCAACAGAGUCUCAAUGGAUGGAAGCACCAGUCUCAUUUAGAAACUGUACUUAAGAAAUAAACACAGUUAUGUACAUGGCUGCUGGAGUACACAUGCACUGGAAGUACUUUUGCCACACACCGUACUGGAAAUCAUUUAGUUGUUUUAUCCAUUGCUUUCUGCCCCAUCUAUCAAUAAAUUCAUCACACCAAUCAAAAGGUAUUGUUUCAUCCAAGUCAGUCUGAAACACCCCUUGUAUUCAUUCUUUUUCAUUUUCAUCUAUUUAAAUUUCAACUCCCGCAUCAGUGAGGAGGAGAAUUAAAGCGCCACCAUUUGAUUGACAGUGCUGCCAUGACAACCCUGCAUCACCUCCAGAGUGACCAAUACGGACUCAGACUCAAGGGUCCCUCCCUGACUGCCAGGUGGAGUAAAAGAGUCCGUUGUCAGCACAUUUGUGUCACUCUCCUUCCAAUAGUCCCUGGACCUAACUCAGACUUCCAGAUGGUUUUCAGAACUCCGAUUGACUUCGUCACAGCCUCCCGACUCCUCCUGCCUCACUUGGCGGAUGGGCCCACAGUCUUGGUUCGAUCCAGGUCUCCGGAGGACCCUCCCUCCACCUGUCCUCCUAUGGCUCUCCCUGGACUGUAUUUCUCGGCGGCGCAGAUCGCCAGCGUGUGUGAGACUCUGGAGGAGACCGGGGACAUCGAACGGCUGGCCCGCUUCCUCUGGUCACUGCCGCUGACCACCGAUGGUCGUGACUCCAUCUCUGGGCACGAGUCCGUGCAGCGGGCCCGGGCAGUGGUGGCAUUUCACACCGGAAGUUUCCGAGAGCUGUACCACAUCUUGGAGACGCACCGCUUUACGCGCGCCUCGCACGCCAAACUGCAAGCGAUGUGGCUCGAAGCCCAUUACCGGGAGGCAGAGAAACUGCGGGGCCGACCGCUGGGACCUGUGGACAAGUACCGUGUCAGGAAGAAGUUCCCGUUACCAAAGACGAUCUGGGACGGAGAACAGAAGACGCACUGCUUCAAAGAACGCACACGGGGUCUGCUGAGAGAGUGGUACCUGCAGGAUCCGUACCCGAACCCUGGGAAGAAACGGGAACUGGCGCACGCAACCGGGCUGACACCGACUCAGGUCGGAAACUGGUUCAAAAACCGGCGACAGAGAGACCGAGCGGCCGCAGCCAAAAACAGAUUGCAACACCCCAUGUGUCCGGACACGAGCACGCAGCGCACGGAUGGACAAACUCUUCUCUCAGUGACCGACAGUGACUCUGACCUGGAUGUCUGACACACUAGAAAUAAGGAAAUUGACUUUUUAGAAGCUACUAAAACUAUUGAGUACAAGUGAGAGAUGAUGAUGGUGAUGAGAAAGAUGAUUCAUGCGGUCAAAGUUUGGAUGCCAAUCAACGUUUUGGGAAAAAGAUCCCCUGAAGACCAUCACACUUUAUUUUCCAGAGAACAGAGAGUUUCAUAAAGAUAACCUAAAGGUAUGACUAGUGGUUUUGGUCUUGUUAUUCAACGACUGCAAAUAAACCAAUUCUCAAAAUUGUAUUUAUUUCUGACAGUAGGCAACUGUAAAUAUUUUUCACAUUCUUAAAAAUGAAAAACGAUCUGAAUUUGGACUCUAUCUCAGGGACACACGUGAAGAGCGGAUCACUCUUAUUCUCUCUGUCAUGUUUUCGUUGUCACAUGAAUAGAUAUGUGUUUCUUUAGAGGUCUCUGUAAGGACAAUCACCCAUGACAUGUGUAUGAAGUUUUGACUGUAUGUUUACGUUUGAUUUACGUUAUUUAAUGUUCAUUUAAAGUCCAUGGUCUGGUCAAUGUUUUG